AUGCUCGGAGGGAGCUCGGAGCGAGAUUCUUCACCUUCCAAUUCAAAGGCCCCCACGGGAGAAGCGUCCAUGUCUGUCGCAACGAGUCCACCCGACUCAAAUCCAGAAUCCUCCCCCCAGGGUAAUGGCGCCCCCGGUACCGAUGCGGCGGCCGCCUCAAACCGUGUAGAGCCCUCCGAGACGACUGCUCAACCCUCCGUCGCGUCCCCCGACAACGCUGCUCCGUCGAACGCAGCCGAUGCCCCUAAGAAACACCAUCUGCUGUUACCCAUCUCGUCGCGGACAUCCCUCAAGGCGGACAAACAGUCAACCUCGGAAAACACUCAAGACGCCGCCAACGAUGACUCGGAGAACACUCUUCGAGGCUCGAAGAGGAGUAUCCUUAAGGGGCGAAGGGACCGGAGCAGGGGAAGUAGUUUGAGAUCUCGGCGCCAGAAUCCGGAGGGAGCGAGCGUGGAGGAGAACAAGGCCGUGAACCCCGACAUGCGCGACGCGACAAAGGCCGACAAGAAGAACAACAAGGUCUCGUCGAAACUAUUCGCCUUCCUGAGCUGCUGCUCCUCGUCCAACGUCGACCCCGAGGAUGCUGCGGUGCCCCCGAAGAAGACCCCCCGACGCCCGUCAGUCCCGCAGACCCAGCCAACUCCGGAGAAGGCAGAGGUGACCGCCGGCGAUUCGAGUACCGCCGAAUCCAAGGAGCCGAGCAGCUUCCGCGGGGACGAGAAGCCCCAUGCCACCGUGACGGACCAGGCCCCGUCGCCCGUGGAUGAGGAGCAGACGCCGGUCAACAAAGCCCCGGAACAACGCUCGCAGGUGGACGGCGCCGUGCCCUCAACCGAUCAACCCCAAUCGGUUCCCCAGCCACCCUCGCAAAAGGAAGUCGAAGGCCCCGCGCCCGUUGAACCCUCGAAGGAGGAACCCGCCGCGGGCGUUUUGUCGGAGAAGACGGAGGAUCGAGCCCAGCAACCUGAGGACAGUCAAACCCCCGUUCCGCCGCCAACGCACGAUGACCAAGCCGAGGAGGUCUCCGGGGACAGCGGUGCGGCGAUGGCUCCGGCCACCGACGACGAAGUUGGCCCGAAGGAUGAAAAAUACCCUGCUCACGAGGAAGAUGCGAUGAAACUGCCUGCCGUGCUGCCUCCUCCCCCGCCGCUUAUCCAAACGGGCAAGCAAGCACAAGUCGGACAGGAUAGACAACUGCAGCAAUGGUUGUUGCCACCGCCUCUACCUCACCUGCAAAACCGAAAAUGCUUGGUUCUUGAUCUCGACGAGACCCUCGUCCAUAGUAGUUUCAAGGUCCUUGAACGUGCCGACUUCACUAUCCCCGUCGAGAUCGAAGGUCAAUAUCACAACAUCUACGUGAUCAAGCGACCCGGCGUCGAUCAGUUUAUGAAACGGGUCGGGGAAUUGUAUGAGGUGGUAGUCUUCACGGCAUCUGUUUCCAAGUACGGUGAUCCUCUAUUGGACCAGCUGGACAUUCACAACGUCGUCCACCACCGCCUAUUCCGAGACAGUUGCUAUAACCACCAAGGCAACUAUGUCAAGGACCUGUCCCAAGUUGGUCGUGACCUUCAAGACACCAUUAUCAUUGACAACUCUCCGACAUCAUAUAUAUUCCACCCUCAACACGCGAUACCCAUCAGCAGCUGGUUCUCUGACGCUCACGAUAACGAGCUUCUUGAUUUAAUACCCGUUCUCGAAGAUCUGGCCGGUACACAAGUGAAAGACGUUAGCCUAGUUCUCGACAUCUCUCUAUAA